CGACUGACUAGCAGUAUACCAGUAACCCAGCGCUCCGAGCUGUGGUCGCACAGGUCCAAGGGUGCGACCGCACCUCUGGGGGCGCAGCGGCGCGGGCGGGCCAUGCCUGGGGACUCGCAGUCGCUGUGGGAACUGGUGGAAGAGCACGUUCCGCUCCUGGAGCGGCCCGAAGAGAGGAGGAUUCUAGGGGAGACGACAGUGGAUCUGAGCCUGGAGCUACGGGCAGAGGUAGUGAUGUUAGCAUCAUUGCUCCAAGAGGCUCGAUCUGUCCAAGCCUCCGGAUCGCGCCCCACCUCUUUCCUCUGCUCCCUUCUGGCACCACAGCCCCUCCUAAGAGAUCUUGUGCGCCAGGAACUGCUGCAGCUGCUUCAAGGUCUCCACCGGAAGGCCAUCUGUGAGGGCAGGUUGGAGCUCCAAACCUGGGUGUGGGCCCUCAUAGCCCCAAGGGUCCUGCACUUUGCCUUGGAGGAGCCCAGGCGUGAUUUGCCAGAACAGAUGUUCCAGAUGAGAGCUGGUGAACCCAGCUGUCACCGGGACCUCAGAGUGAUCAAGGACCAGCUGAACGUGUCCCACAUUCACCAGGCUGCUGGACACCUGUGCCACAGGCAUCCCCCCACAGGCCUGGCAGGAGGAGGUCUUGUCCCAGCCCUGCCUCAUAUCCCCCUGGAGGACCCAGACAAAGCACAGCAGCAGCUCAGAAACAAGAAUAGAAAUUUCAUUAAAACCUAUGAACUUCAAAAGCCUAGUGGAACGCAGACGGCUGGGCGUGGGCAGCGCACCGUCACUGCUACAGAGGAUUAG